AUGCUUUCAUCAAGUCUAAGAUCCAGUUUAAGAAAUAUUUCUAGAGUCAACAACGUUUCUAGAUUGGCUCAAUUCCAUCAAAGAAACUUAUCCACCUCCAAUGUCUUGAAUCAAAUGCCAAAGCUUCAUAAAAUUGAGCAAGAAGCUAAUGAUAAUGAUUUUUAUAUGAUUAAGAAAAGAGGUGACAAAGGUGACGAAUCAAUCAGUGAACCUGGUGAAGACGAUGGCUUUAAAUCCACAAUCAAUAUGGAAAUUAACUCUGCUUUAGGUAAUUAUUCAGAAUUUAUCAAUGAUGCAAAAGACUUGGAAACAUGGACCUUAUCAAAUGAAGAUUCUCCAGAUCAUAAAGUUAAGAAAUCGAAAAUUAGACAUUUCACAUUGAAUUUUGGUCCUCAACAUCCAGCUGCUCAUGGUGUUUUAAGAUUGAUUUUGGAAUUGCACGGUGAAGAAAUUAUUAGAUCUGAUCCCCAUGUUGGUCUUUUGCAUAGAGGUACUGAAAAGUUGAUUGAGUCUAAAACCUAUAUGCAAGCUCUACCAUACUUUGAUAGAUUAGAUUAUGUCUCUAUGAUGACUAAUGAACAAGUUUUCGCAUUGGCUGUUGAAAAACUAUUGAAUGUUGAAGUCCCAAUCAGAGCCAAGUAUAUCAGAACCCUAUUUGGUGAGAUAACAAGAAUCUUAAACCACUUAAUGUCUGUCUUAUCUCAUGCCAUGGAUGUUGGUGCUUUAACUCCUUUCUUAUGGGGUUUCGAAGAAAGAGAAAAAUUGAUGGAAUUCUAUGAAAGAGUCUCAGGUGCUAGAUUACAUAGUGCCUACUUCAGACCAGGUGGUGUUUCUCAAGAUAUUCCUUUUGGUUUACUGGAUGACAUUUACAUGUGGGCGACUCAAUUCGGUGAUAGAAUUGAUGAAGUUGAAGAAUUACUAACUGAUAACAGAAUUUGGAAACAAAGAACUAUCGACGUGGGUAUAGUUACUGCUGAAGAUGCUUUAGCUUAUGGUUUAUCCGGUGUCAUGCUAAGAGGCUCCGGUGUCCCUUAUGAUAUCAGAAAAGCUCAACCUUAUGACGCGUAUGAUAGGGUUGAUUUUGAUAUUCCAGUUGGUACCAACGGCGAUUGUUAUGACAGAUACUUGAUUAGAAUGGCUGAAUUCAGACAAUCUCUUAGAAUUAUUGAACAAUGUAUCAAUGAUAUGCCAGCAGGUCCUGUUAAGGUUGAAGACUUCAAAAUCUCUCCACCAUCAAAGGAAGCAAUGAAAAAUGAUAUGGAAACUUUGAUCCAUCAUUUCUUGCUUUUCACUAAGGGUUACCAAGUGCCACAAGGUGAAACUUAUACUGUCAUUGAAGCUCCAAAGGGUGAAAUGGGUGUUUACGUCAUUUCGGACGGCACUGAAAGGCCUUAUAAGUGUAAGAUUAGAACCCCUGGUUUCUCACAUUUAGGUGCAUUUGAUCAUAUUGCAAGAGGUCAUUUAUUACCUGAUGCGGUUGCUAUUAUUGGUACUAUGGAUUUGGUCUUCGGUGAAGUUGAUAGAUAA